ACUUCAGGUGUGUAUCUUUCAAACUACACUGAUCUACUUAUGAAUGAGCCUGUGUAUGAAAACUUGACAGCACUAGGGUUGUCAGGAGUUGCAUUUGAUGGAGUGUGGGCUAUAGCUGUGGCACUAGAUAUAGCAUCAAAGAAGAUACUAUUGCGUAAUGAAACUGGAUGUGAGAAUGUACCAGGAGAUUUAGUACCAUUGGAACAAUUUAACUAUACUAACAUGAAACUAGGCUGUAUUCUUAGACAAAGCUUUAGUGAAGUUAAUUUCCUUGGAGUAACUGGUCAGAUACGAUUCAAUAGAUUUGGUAGUAGAAAUGACAAUGUGAUAUUAUAUCAACAAUACAGAGUAAUAAAUGGAAUACUGACUAAAGUAUCAAUUGGUGCUGUAACAGUUGAACUUCACAGAAACACUUUUGUUUUUGAAACAGGAGAAUCAGACAGCACCCUUUGGAAUAGUGGGGAGCCACCAUAUGAUGGAUUUCCAGUAGCUAAUAUUGAUAAAAAUAAUGUUGUAUUAGUUGUUAUUUAUGAUGUGGCAGCUACUGGUGGCCUUGUUUUUGCAUGUGUUUGUUUCACUUUCAAUUUUGUGUUUAGAAGAAGAAAGAUUGUUAAACUAACAAGUUGUAACCUAAAUAAUAUAAUCAUACUGGGAUCUGCAUUGCUAUAUACAA